CCCAUAUACUCUAUCAGGAGUCCCCCACUCUCUGAGCUGAGGUGAAACCGAAGCGAAAGGGAGUACUUGUUCCUUUCUGGCUGGCCGUUGCGUGAGUCUAAGGCGUUUGAUGGCCGAAGAGUUCCUGCUUUGAUUUUUUGAUGAAGCGUGCUUGGGAACUCAUAGCCUUGAUGCGGGCCGAUGCACACUCUGUGGAAGUGCCUUUGAAGACGAGGCGAUGCGCUUUCUUUUUUUUUUGUAGAUGUGAUGAAUUUUGGUGUGGACAAGUCGUCAUGUUUUUUAUUGUCAUCUUGUUGUGGUUGAAGAGCUCCCAUCUAUCCUUUUGGCCGUAGCGAAGACCCAUUCUCAUGAGAUGAAGAUGGUUGAUUCUGUUUAUGUAGAUGAUGCGAUGCGCACCUUUGUUUUGUUGUGCGGCCGAAGCGUUUUGACUUGUGAGUUUUUGUUAUGGUGAGACGAUGCGGCCCUCUCAGUGUACGUAGCCGUUGCGUUAGAUUUUUUUUUUAUCUUGGGGUUCUGAUUCCUGGGCUCUGUAGCCGAUGCGAUCCCCAGUUUUUUUGUUGUCGGAAGCCGUAGCGUGCCCUCUUUGCAUUUGAGGCCGUUGCGUUUUCUUUUCUUGUGGCCGAUGCAGUCCCCCAGUCCCCCACUCCUUUGGCCGAUGAGCAUCUGAGGCACAAGGGAGUAAUGAACCGAUCCGGUACCUAUGCGUUAGUCGUGACUCCAACCCUUAGGCGAACCUGUCCAAGGUAACCCUGUGGGAGAACCCUUGGACGAAGGCCGCAAUGCCAGGGUUAUCAUCGACGAUGCGCGCACGGCGGCCGUAGCGGUCUAUUAAGGUUCCUUGGGUUGCUGUGAGGACGUUGAGUUUAGGCCGAUGCGUUCCUUUUUCGGGAGGAUGGGCCGAUGCCUGUUCUGGAGCUUUGUAGUAUUUGGGCCGUAGCGGUAUCCAGCCGAUACCUUGCCUUUGUAAGGUUGAGUUGGACCGUAGCGAUGCCUGUUUGAGUGAUUUUGAAUUGGUGUCCCCUGAUUGGUUGGGAGAAGGGUGGCCGUUGGUGGGGCCAAUGGGGUGGCACCACGUGUAGUGACCGUUGGAAGUUUUCUAUAAAUACCUCCCUAUUCCGUAGCCGCUACCCCAUUUGCGUUUGCUAGAGUUGAAGUGCUGCUGAGAUUUCUAGAGAGAUAAAGUGCUUCCAGAAAUCUUCAAGUGUUCUUCGGAUUUUCACCCACUCCAAGGUUAGGUUCUUGACUUGUUCUCCCUUUUUUCUUUAUACUUUGCUUCCUAGGGGGUUAGAUCUAGUGUUUCUAGGAAAAAUCACUUUGAUCCUCGAACAACCCUUAGGACGUAGCAUAGUUGUUAUGCCGUUCCCUGACGGCCGUAGCGUCCCCUCCCCUCUUAACUUAACAGCUUCUUUAGACGAGUCGGACUGGCCUUUUGACGACGAGGACCCGUCUCCUGGAGUGAAUCUUGAGAUAGUUCGAGCGUUUGAAACAGAGAUGGAGAAUACUGCCGAUUACCGCACUUCUCAGGACGAGGAGCGUCUGAAUGAUGACGCGGGUUCCCAACAAUCGGGUGAGGACGAGGCGAGCUCGGAACCCAAGCUUCGGGGAGAUGAAGCGGGUGAUGCCUCUUCGGCCGCCAUCCCCUGCCCCCCACCUAUUUCGUCUGUGCCGGGUGUGGCGUCGUCUUCUAGGGUUACCAAGGAACGCGCGUCGCGUCGGAGGAAGCCUGCGGCUGGCGGGUUGUCCCAGUUGGACUUGACAAAUCUGUAUGUCAUAAGGCCCGAGGGCACCCGAGGUGAUUAUCAUUUGGCUCAGCUGUAUGUUGGGCCUUAUGGAAAGGUGAGGGAGCCUAGGCCGACGGACCAUGUUCUGGAUCCUCCUCCUGGGUACUUCGGGGUUUAUCCGAUGGGGUUCUCGCAAGGACUACGGUUUCCGCUGCCCCCUUUUGUGAUUGAGUACUUGAGGAUGGUAGAUCUCCCCCCGGCGCUGUUGACGCCGAAUAGUUUCUCACUGAUCGUCGGGUUCCUCAUCCGCUGCGACGAGCUGGGUUUUGAGCCCACGACGGCCCUUUUUACAAAUUUGUUCCGGAUCGGCCGAGGGAGCCAUAAGAAUUGUGCUGGUUAUGCUACGCUUCAGCAACUUCCGGAGAAGAAAUCUUUCAAAGAUCUCCCUUCGUCUAUCCAUGGGUGGAAGGCGAAGUUUGUAUUCGUGAAGUUGGCCGAUGGGGUUUUCUUUCCUUCGCAAGGGCAUAAUGGUAAUUUUAGCCUGCAUAAUCCGCCGCGAAGCGCUGAGCUCGAUGCCCAAGUUGAGGCAUUCCUAAAAGGUGGGCCGAGGAGUGUGAACACGUACAUUACUGAGUUUAAGAUUGCGGCUCUUGGGAUGAUGCGGUAUUACAUUCCUGGCGACCCGGAUUGUGGUUUGUGGCCGAAGAUCUCUGGCUCUUUUGAACAGGCCGAUGGGCCACUUCUAGGGAUUCCGGCCGAGGCCGAAGGUUGACACUUGCCUUUGAAUCUCUUUGUACUUAGUAUUUUUCUUUGCUUCUAACUCUUUUUCCUUUGGUUUCGCCCUUGCAGGUUACGAGAUGAGUCGUAAAAUGUUCAUGGCUCAGGCCAAGAAGCAGGUUGCCAAGGAGUUGGAGGCUGCCCAGCGAGCCGAGGCGUCCAAGGGUUCUGGAGACGGCUCUAGGGGUAUUGCUGAUGCGGCAAAAAAGCCGGUGGUGAAGAGGAAGAAGACUGCUGAGGGGCAGCGUACUCUUACUGAGGCGGGUCUGGUGCCGGCUGAAGGCGCCAAGAAGACGAAGCCGAACCCUCCUCCCAAUGACGCUCCUUUGGCCGACACGCAGGCAUCGUUCCAAGGGGGAGCCGCCUCUGAUGUGCCCAUCAUUGAGGAUCUGACGUUGAACGUCGCCUCGUCCGCCCUUGCUCCUGCUAAGUCCGGGGCUGCUGCGAAGAAGAGUGCCCGUGCUGACCGAGACCUGACCUCCGGUCUUUAUGAGGUGACGGUGCGGUACCCGACCAAGGGCGGGCUUUUUAAUGAGAAGGUGUCUGGCCACGACGUCUUGUUCCAGGCCAUUCCCGAUGCCGACAGGGAGUACCUGCGUCGGCAGAGCAAGGAUGUGCGUCUCUUCGACGGCGGGCUGGACUACGUCGUCCAGGGUGCCUUCAUGCUCAUGGAGCAGCAGCGGCGGCAGGACGAGGAGCUUGCUCGCCUUCGCGAAGCUGAGAAGAAAGCCGCCUCUGCUGACGAGGCGCUUUCCCAAUUGGAGCGGCUCCGGACUGAGACUGCCUCCUUGAAGGAAAAAGCUGAUGCGGCGGAGAUGAGGGCCGUUGCCGCCGGGGAUGAGGCGAAGCGCCUCAAAAUUCAGCUUGAUGAAGAAGCGGCCGCCCGUCGGCUAGCAGAAGAGAAAGCUGUGCAGCUGGAGGCCGAUGCGGCAGCGGCUGCUGAUAGAGCCGUUGAGCUCUUCAUGGCCGAAGGGUGGAAGGUCGAGACCCGGCGCGACUGGAGUUUUGAGGUCGUGGCGGAGCGCUUCGAGGCGUGGUCUCAGGAGGAAGCUGGCCGAGCCCGCCUGAAAGAGGAGUUUGAAGUCUGGUACGACCUCGGCCAGAGGCGUAUGCAGAUGUUGGUUUACCGACGCCUCCGCCGUCGCGUUAAGAACCUGAAGCCCAGGGGUAUCGGUCUUCCCCGGAUAAUGAAGGACCCCGAGGAGGAGUUGAAGCUCCCACUGUCCGAGAGGCAACCCCCCAUUCUGAGCUCUAGCGAGGAAGACGGGCCCUGGACCGAGAGUGACGACUACCUCUUUCGGAGCUCGGCUAAGUCCAAGAAUACCGAGGAUGAGCAAGACGAUGCGGACAGCGGAGCCGUUGAGGGUGGCCAAGGACAAGCUGCUUAGUGCCUUGUACUUCUUUUUUAUAUUCAUAGUUGUAGCCCCAAUGGCCGAAGCGCCCUGGUGUAUGUAAUGGCCGAAGCGCCCUUUUUGUAAUGGCCGAAG